GAAUUAAUUUUACUUUGUUACAUUAAUUAGAACAAUUUCAAAGUUAAAAAAUCUAUAAUUAUAUGAAACUCCAAAUCAGUUCUUCGAACCUUUCUAACUUGUCAUCAUGCCCUUGGCACAGUAUGCUUGAUGUUAUAACCAACAAUACUUGCCGGUAGCUAAUGGCUGUAAGUUCCACCUGCUCCGACAUGCUUCAUUCUAUUCAAUGCUUAGUAAAAAUAUCUGAAUUUUCCUCGGUAGUUUUGAACUUGGAAUUUUAGUUAGAUGUAUAAGUUAUUGUUAAUGUUGUUAUUAUUAUUAUAAUUAUAUUGACCCUAUCAGAAGUAAUUGCUUUCUGUCUCAUUGUAGAACUUUAUUUUGGUCAAAUUUUGAGAAAGGUUCGGUAGAAGUAGUGUCAAGAAAAUCAGGUACUCAACGACCAACUAAGAGUCAGACAGAGGAAGUGCUGUUAGAGAAACACCUGACUCAUCCUUAAAUAUGAGAUGAAGCUAGUGAACCCACUAAUGAAGUAGAAAAAAGUCCUCAAGAGAAACAGAAAUUUUGAGUUUGAUUUCUAUUUACUGUGCCUUUCAAACAUGUUUACUGUUGCGGCAGCAGCAGUGGUGGUGGUGAGUCUUGCAGUGUUAGGAUACAAAAGGGUAAAGCCUCCACCUCCAAAGAUUUGCGGGUCUCCGAAUGGUCCUCCAAUUACUUCACCAAGAAUUAAGCUUAGUGAUGGAAGGCAUUUGUCUUAUAGAGAAAGGGGUGUUACAAAAGAAAUUGCCAAGUAUAAGGUCAUUCUUGUUCAUGGUUUUGAUAGCUCUAAGGACAUCUACUUGCCACUAUCUCAAGAGGUGAUGGAAGAGCUAGGAAUAUAUAUCCUGACAUUUGAUAGAGCAGGUUAUGGAGAAAGUGAUCCAAACCCAGAAAGGUCAGUGAAGAGUGAAGCAUUUGAUAUCCAAGAACUUGCUGACCAAUUGCAACUGGGUCCAAAGUUUUAUGUCAUUGGAGUUUCCAUUGGGACUUACUCCAUUUGGGCUUGCCUCAAGUAUAUUCCACACAGGCUAGCUGGUGUGACUCUAGUAGUUCCAGUCAUAAAUUUCUGGUGGCCAUCUUUCCCUCCUAAAUUGGCAAAUGAGGCAUUCAGGAAACAACUCAGGAGAGAUCAAGUAAAACUGACCAUUGCACAUCACUUCCCUCCACUAGUGUACUGGUGGAUGACUCAGAAGCUGUUUCCUUAUUCCUCUAUCAUGCAAAGACACCCAAUACUACUCAAUCCAAGAGAUUUAGAAACUAUAAAGCAAAUGUCUCAAGUGCCUAAUCCUGAUGAGCAUAAGAUAAGGCAGCAAGGUGUCCAGGAAUCACUACAUAGAGACAUGAUAGUGCAUUUUGGGACAUGGGAAUUUGAUCCAAUGGAGCUAAAGAAUCCAUUUCCUAACAAUGAGACUUCUGUUUACCUGUGGGAAGGUCAUGAAGACAAGCUUGUGCCAUUUGAAUUGCAGAGAUAUGUUGCUAAGAAGUUACCAUGGAUCAAAUAUCAUGAAGUUCCUGAUGGUGGACAUUUGAUGAUUCAUGAAAAGGGCUUGUGUGAGGCUAUAUUCAGGGAACUUUUGCUUGGAGAGGAACCCUUUUUUUGAUGUUCAUUGGUAACAACAGUGACUAAAGCAUCUAGCAAAUAGCUUUACUGGUUCAGCUUUUUUGUCUAGGCUUUUGGAAUUUGUCCAACUGCAACUACACCCAAGUUUGGUUAUAUAUAUAUAUAUAUAUAGCUGUUUUUUCAAUAAUAAAGAGCUCCAAAAUCGAGAUAUACGCUUACUAUUGGGUUAA